AUGACAUCGACGACCGCGAAAUUAUUGGGUGAGUCUUACAAAUAAGGGUGGGAAACGCAGUGAAAGAUAAAGGGAUAAGAAUAUUCUCCUGAUCGAACUGUCAUCUAUCAGAACUACAUUUUUGGAUUACAAAAUUGUUCGAAAUUUUCUAAAAAAAAACAUUCUAGAUUUUUAUUUCACAGUGAGUUGACAGGAUCUUCGGAAUUUUGAAAAAAAUGAGAAUCUUGUAUGAAACUGUUAGAUCUUAAAAUAUUGAAAUGGUAGACUUAUUAAAGGUCUUUUAUUUUACUUACUACGUGAUUUUUUUUCUCUAACGGUGUAUUUUCCGCUCAUCGUAAAUAAAUAAAUUAAUUAAAGGUCCAUUUUUGAGAUUCAUUUAUUUUUUGAAAGAAAAUAGGUUUUCAUUGAAUACUAAUUAGGUACACUUAUUUGAAAUGUGACCAAAACACUUGAAAUAUUAUUUUCAAAAUUUUUAUAGGAUUUUAAAAACCAAAUACAAAAAAGUUCAGAAAUCAAAAAUUUUAAUUAAAAUUAAAACAAUUAAUCUGAGCGUGAUCCAAAAAUUUCAAAUUCGAUUUCCAAUAAAUUAACCAUUUUUCAUUUCAAAAAUGACGUCUUGAAAUUUUGGAAUUUAUAUUUGAAAAUAUAAAUUUUAUUUCAAAAAUAGAAAAAAAAUGUUUUAAAUCCCGUUUCCAACCCCGUCCCUCUUUAUAUUUCAACCCAUCCUCGAAAAUUUCUUCGAAAAUCAUCAAACAUCAAAACAACAGCGGACAAAAAAUGUCCAACUAACUAACUAAUAAAAAAUUCCGGCAUUUUCCUCCUCCCAUUUUCUGCGCUCUUUUUUUUUGUUUUGUCUUAAUCAGCAUUCCAUUUUAUUUUUAUUUGUGCUCAAUUUUCAGCUUCUCCGACAAAAAGAAAAUAAAAUAAAACAACAAAAAGCAAAUGCCAUUCUCCUUUUUUUUUCUUGAUCCAAUAUUUCCGGUAGUAUUUUUUUGCUAUUUCUAAUUCUAGCCGCCUUUUUCUUCUUUGUUUUCCGUCUUUCGUUCGGAAUUUAUUGUUAGUUAGAUUAUUUUUUGGUUCCAAGAUUUUUACACGUUUCGGAAGCCUGGGUUUGGUCUGAAUUGGACCGAUCAGGAGCAGGCUUUUCUCUGCACAGAGCGAAGAUAGGACUCGGAACCUGAACAUCCUUUUUUUUGGACCAAACUCGGGAAAAUUCAUAGGUUAGGUAGAUUUCUAUUUUCGAGAGAUAGAGAAAAUUGAAAAAGCUUGCGGAACGGCGCCUAUAAAUUUUUAUGACCCUCGUUUUGACAAUAUGCACUUUUACUCAAUCGUUUAGACAUUUUUGUUGACUGGUAGGUUUGAAAGAUAUUUUUGGAGUUAAAUAAUUGUGGAUUCUAGCUAGUAAUAAUUGUGGAUUCUAUACAUCAGUUAUCCUAUUUUGAACACAAUUUUUGUAAAAAUUUUUUCAACCAUAAUUUUGAAGUUUUCCGAGGCCACCCUUCAAAAAACUCUAAACGCAUAGAAACAUAACUACCAAAAAAUGAAAAAUGCCUAGCCAUUAAUAAAAAUUUUCCUGCACAUCUACUCCUGCUCUUCCAAAAACAAAAACGUUCCUCGUUUUUCUCGACGAAACACAAAACUAUCAACACGGCCAUCCAUCUUGCCCACCUAAUCUUCCUUUUUUCCUCGUUUUCCCUUCCAAAAAAACCAUUUUCUCAUUCAGAAAAAUUGCGGAGGUCUUCUUUUUUUCGUGAAAAAUCUUUCGGUUCCCCCCUCUUUUUUCUUGUUGCCAAGUUUAUUAGAUUUUCGAGCACCAACACUCAAAAAGAUACAACAAAUUUUUUAUUUUCGUCUUCGACGCACAAAAAAACGGCAAAUUUUUUCGCUGCGAUUUACAUAUUACUCGUCUUUUUUUUAGUUUUUUGUCAGAAAAUAAUGGGUCUUUAGAGAAAAUGAGAGGUUUCUCAAACCAAAACCAAAUCUAAAAUUCCUCGUAUUUUCUGAGAUACCCUGUAUUUUCUGAAAAAAAAUCUAAAAUUUUCAGAAAAUGAAUCCAAUGGUCCAUUUUUUUUAAAGUAUAAGAACUUUAAAAAACGGUUCUGAAACUUUUUUUGAGUGCAUUUCGAGGCCCUGUUCGAAUAUAAAAAAUUGCGGAAAAACUGAGAAAUGAAAAGUUUCUCAAAAAAUUAUUUCAAAGGUGCUGAAAAUGGGUUUUUUCGGAUCAACUUUUAAUUUCCAAAGAACCUUUCUUUCUUAUUUGAGCCGAAUCAUUAAUAUUAUUAUUAGUGUUGAAGUAACAAAAAAAAUAAUUUUCGUUUCUUUUUCUUCUUCUCACACUCUUCUCGUUUUUUCUCCAUUUUUGUUGUGUUUAUAUGUGUGCAUCUCAUUAAGAAUCCCUCGUUUUUUCCGUUUUCCCGUUUCUUUUUUUGCUCCAGGCACCUUUUCUUCGCCAUCUAAUUGCUACAUAUUUACUUUUUCUUUUCUAUUUUCUCUCAUUCAGAAUUCUAGUGAGAUUCUGAGAUGGCGAAUAAAUCAAAAAUAUCCAUUUUCAUUUUUUUUUUCUCUGUAAUAUGAAACUUUUUUCCGAAAAGGGAGGAGUUUGGCUCUCACAUUUGAAAGUGCAUGCUCAUUUUUUAAAUUUCGAUUCCCUAUACACCUUUCGAUUUUCUUUUCAAUGAAAAAACAUCUGGAAAAUUUAUAUCCAACAUUUUUCCAGAAUGAAUUAUCUAUCUUUUGACUUUACUUCCAUCAUCUAUUGAAGCAUAGAAAAUUGCUCCAUUUUUCAAUUUGAAAACUGCUGCACUUUUUAUGCUUUUCACACAUUCCUCCCCAUUCACUGUUGAAUGCAAAAAUUGUUUUUGACACAUUUUGUUGUUGUUUCAAAAUGAAAAAUGUGUUUUUGCAGGUUUGUCAGCGUGCCGUGCGGCUGCAUUGUCGACGACAAUGCUGACGCGAAGGAAAUCGUCGGUGGAGGGGGUAAAAACAGAAAAACGGCGGAGAGGUGAAUCGAUUGGUGGAGCAUUUACUGAUAUGAUUAAUAUUGAGCCGACGAGUAUUAUCAAUAAAUCAACAGGUAAGAUUACUUUGGUUAGAACUUUGGAGAAAAUUUUAAAAAGUACUGAUAAACUCUUUCCCCUGUAAGAACCUGGAACCAUACAGUUUCUCAGGACUGCCUUUGGCCCUGCAAAGAAACGUCAGCCGCCUAGAGUAAAAAAUUAUCACUAUCUUUCUAAAAAACCGAACCUCAUCUUCACUAUUAAUUCAGAACUUCUACAUGAGAGAGCUGUUCGAGAUUUAGUGCGAAUCGCUUGUCUUUUGUCAAUGAUAUCAGUUUGUCUUCAUACACCAGAUACAAUUAAAAUGUGGCCUCCGCUGAAUUAUGUCAUAUUUGCAAAUGAUAUCAUAGUGACUCUGAUAUUUUUGGCCGAAGCGAUUGUGACUAUCAAGACAAAUGGGUUGCUUGAGGUAUCUUAUUGACAUUUACAUAAAUUAAAACCGAUAUAUUUCUUUUGCAGAACCCUGGUUCUUAUUUACGAGAUCGAUGGUAUCAAUUCGAGUUUUUUCUUCUAUUAAUUCAUUUUUUGUGUUGUUUCCUUCAUGGUUAUGAACUUUGUUCAAUAUGGUUCGAAUCUCUUCAACUUGUUUAUUCACCGUGGUUUGGAGCAUUCCGAUCACCUCGACCAUUUGUAUUCUUGCGAUUUAUAAGAUCAAUUGUGAAGUUCAAACUUCCAAAAAAUAGAAUAAAAUUAAUCAUGAAGUUAGUCAACCUGUACUUUCUGAGUAAAUCAAAUAACCAAUAUCUUUCAGACGAUCUUCUCAACAAAUUCAAAAUGUCACAAUAUUUUUUAUGUUUUUCGUAUUUUCGUAUGCUAUAAUGGGUGUUCAAAUCUUCGGUCGUUUGAAUUAUCAUUGUGUAGUUAAAGGUACAAAUCCAAGAGCGGUCACAAUAGCUGAUCUUGCUAUUCCUGAUACAAUGUGUUCACCUCCCGGUGAAGGAGGAUAUGAGUGUCCGAAUAAUAUGGUUUGUAUGGAACUUGAAUUGGGAGCACAACAAGAGGGUUAUUAUGGACAAUUCAGUGAUUUUGCUUCAUCAUUGUUUACUGUAUAUUUGGCAGCAAGUCAAGAAGGAUGGGCUUAUGUACUUUAUGAUUGUCUGGAUUCUCUACCAUCGGUUCUAGCAUUCUCCUAUUUUGUAACUCUUAUAUUUUUCCUCGCUUGGCUUGUCAAGGUGAGUUUUUUUCAAGAUUGAAGACCAAUCAAAUAUAUGAGUUCAGAAUGUUUUCAUCGCCGUUAUCACCGAAACUUUUGCUGAAAUCCGUGUUCAAUUCAGUGAAAUGUGGCAGACACGUGAAACAUCAUCUGAACAUUCUUAUACCCAAAAACUGGAGAAAGAUGAUGAUGGUUGGAAGUUAGUUGAAAUUGACAAAUAUAAUCGAAAUCAUGCAAAUAGCUCACAAUUUUUACACAAGGUAUCUGAAAAUUAUAUCUUUCAAAAUAACCAGAUAAAAUUUCAGAUUGUUACAUCAUUAGCAUUCCAAACUCUGAUGCAGUUUUUGAUUCUAUCGAAUGCUAUUUUUCACGCAACUUUCGUAUUUUAUCACGAUGAAAGUGAUCAAGUUAGAAAAGUUUGGUAUUACUGGGUUGAAGUUGGCUUCACGUGUUUGUUCAAUCUCGAAGUUGCUCUGAAAAUCUACUCUUUCGGAUGGAAAUCUUUCAUUUCUCGCGGAGUUCAUAAAUUCGAUUGUCUUCUUUGUUUAGGAUCUACAUUGAAUUCGGUUUGGGUUCUAUACGAGACAAAUAUCUUUACCUAUUUUCAAGUAUUUCGUAUUGCUCGACUUAUCAAAGCCUCUCCAAUGCUCGAAGAUUUUGUUUACAAAAUAUUUGGACCCGGAAAGAAACUUGGUGGACUCGUUAUUUUCACAUGUAUUCUAUUGAUUAUUACAUCAGCUAUCUCACUCCAACUCUUUUGCUAUGUGCCAAAACUAAACAAAUUCACCAAUUUUCCAGUCGCUUUUAUGUCAAUGUUUCAAAUUAUCACGCAAGAAGGUUGGACAGAUGUUGUUAUUGAAAUUUUGCGAGCAUGUAAUGAAGCGUGGGUACCAUUCGUGGCAAUUUAUUUUGUAGGAUAUCAUUUGUUAGUGACACUGGUAAGAAAAAUUGAAAAAGUCAAACUUUAAUAAAAUAUUUCACAGAUUGUGCUCUCACUUUUCGUUGCCGUUAUUCUUGAUAACUUGGAAAUGGACGAAGAAUUGAAAAAAGUAAAACAAUUAAAAGCUCGGGAACAAGAUACUAUAAAAACAACACUCCCAAUGCGUCUCCGAAUCUUUAAUCGUUUUCCAACUGCACCAACAAUGGUUCGAAUGAAAAAAGUUCCAUCGGAAUUUCCACUUCCAAAGAUUCGCGAUUCAUUCACUCGACAAUUCGCCGAUGAAUUUUUUGAUGCAACAGAAGAUCCUCUACAAGAAUAUGGAGUACGUCAGAAAUCAAUGUUAUCGUCGAGGAAUGGGCAGAGAGGACCAUCAAAAGAAUCGAAGCUCACAACGGCUAUCAGACAUACUGGUCAAUUGAGCAAUAAAUCAAUAUUGACAUCUAUGUUGACGUAAGUAUACAAAAAUUUCAAUAACUUCUAACAGAAAAUGUCUUUUUUCAGUGAGUCAAAUAAAAAUCGCGCUUUAUUUUCGGAAUCUAAUCAACAUCUAGCAAGUCUUACACGAACCAACACAAAUUCAAAACACACGAAAAGUGCAAUAAAUGCACCAGGUCAAACUCGAAGAGGUCUUGCAUCAAUGAAAGGAAUCGAAGGAUUUAAAGAAAACGGAGAUCUUCGACCAGAAGACACUGCAAGAAAAGUUGAAAAACACGGGGAAAUUGAUAUUAAAGCUAUUCAAAUGAAGCGAGCACAUGCAGAAAUUACACGGUAUGUUAAGUGAACAUUUUUUAAAUAUCUAUUAGAUGUUUUGAAUUACAGAAAUCGAAUCGAAGAGGAAAUGCGAGAAAACCAUCCAAUGUUUGAUCGACCACUAUUUCUUGUUGGCAGAGAAUCUUCGCUUCGAAGAAUGUGUCAACUAAUUGCACAUUCCCGACAUUGUUAUGAUCAAACAGCACAACAACAUCGAAAACAUUCGAAAAAAUAUAAGCAGAUGCAGUAAGUAGAAAUUAUUAACAUUAAAAAUUCACUGAAAAUUUUAAUUUUCAGUGAUUUCCUAGCAAUUAUGACGUAUCUCGAUUGGGCGAUGGUUUUGAUAACAACUUUAUCAUGUUUCUGUAUGCUGUGGGAAUCCCCUUGGCCAACUACCGGAGAAAAUUUGAUUUUCAACAACUUUUAUCUACAAGUUUGUUUCUUCAAUAUUGUUUAACUUCAAUCAUUUUUUUAGAUCAGCGAAUAUCUUUUUGUUUUUGGAAUGAGUUUUGAACUAAUUGUUAAAUGUAUAGCAAAUGGAUUGUUUUUCACACCGAAAGCUUUGGUAACAGACGUUGGAGAUGUGAUGACAAUAUUUAUCUACUUGGUAAUAAUUAAUAAAUGUAUCCUGGAAAAUUUCUAAAUUUUCAGACAAGUCUUCUUUUCAUCGCUUGGAUGCCAACACAUAUUGAGAUCAAUAGCUGGGCUCAAUUAUUGAUGAUUUGUCGAGCAAUGAGACCACUUCGAGUUUAUGCAUUAGUUCCACAUAUUCGAAGAGUUGUUGUUGAACUUUGUCGAGGAUUCAGAGAAAUUCUACUUGUAACAAUUCUUCUCGUUGUUCUCAUGUUCAUUUUUGCAAGUUUUGGUGUUCAACUUGUUGGUGGAAAACUUGCAGCUUGUAAUGAUGCUUCGAUUACGACGCGUGAAGAUUGCCACGGAUUAUUUGAUUUGCAAAUUUUUGUCACAAGAAUGGAGAUCAAAGGAAAACACGAAGCUGGUGUUCAUCCUUCAAUAAGAGUUCCACGAGUAUGGAGAAAUCCUCGGAACUUCAAUUUCGAUCAUAUUGGAAAUGCAAUGCUCGCACUUUUCGAAACACUUUCCUAUAAAGGUUGGAAUGUCGUUCGCGAUGUUUUAUACAAUCGACACGGGGCCUGGGCUGUGUUAUUCAUCCACAUUUAUGUAUUUAUCGGAUGUAUGAUUGGAUUGACUUUGUUUGUCGGUGUUGUCGUCGCAAACUACACCGAGAAUCGUGGAACAGCUCUACUUACUGUUGAUCAACGUCGUUGGCACGAUUUGAAAGCUCGUUUGAAGAUGGCUCAACCACUUCAUGUUCCACCAAAACCACCAGAGAGCGCAAAACUUCGAUGUUAUUUGUAUGAUCUUACAACAAGUCGAUGGUUCAAACAACUUUUUGCCGCAUUAGUUGUGAUCAACUCGUUUACUUUGGUCAUUCCAUGGAAUGUGAACGAACAAAAAUCAGGCAGAAAAGGAACAUUGCUGAUUCUAACAAUAAUAUCAGCUAUUUGUAAUAUUCUGUUCACUAUUGAGUGUUUUUUGAAAAUGAUAGCUUUCACUAUUUCUGGUUUUUGGCAAUCAAGAAGAAAUCGAAUCGAUCUGAUCAUUACGAUUCUGGGAAUAAUGUGGAUAAUUGCUCAUUUCAUCCUUCAACGUAAGUUCAUCUUUACACCUUCCGAAAUAACAAAAACCAAAUCAAUGACUUAAAAUGUCUCUGAUUCCAGUUCCUGCUCAUAUAACUGGAAAUAUUGAAGAAUGGAAUAAGCUAACUUUUACUUAUGGAUACACUGUUGUCAUUCUUCGAUUCUUCACAAUUGCUGGGCGAAAAUCAACACUAAAAAUGUUGAUGUUAACCGUUGUUAUGAGUAUGGUACGAUCUUCUUUCAUUAUUGCCGCCAUGUUUUUGCUUGUAUUGUUUUAUGCCAAUGCCGGAGUUGUUUUGUUCGGAAUGGUGAAAUAUGGUCAAGCUGUUGGAAAGUAAGCUCGGAAUAUUUCUAAAUGAAAAGAAAAAUUCUGAAUUUCAGACAUGUUAAUUUCCGAAAUGGGCGAGAAGCAUUAGUUGUUUUAUUCCGAUCUGUUACUGGGGAAGAUUGGAAUGAUAUAAUGCAUGAUUGUAUGAGAGCUCCUCCAUUUUGUAAUUGGCAUCCAGGUUUGAAUUAUUGGCAAACCGAUUGUGGUAAUUAUAUCGGAGCAAUUGUAUAUUUCUGUUCUUUUUAUCUUAUCAUCACAUAUAUUGUGCUCAAUCUACUUGUCGGUAAGUAAUUUCGUAAUUUUAAAUCAUAUUUAGACAAACAAUGAUUCGAUUUCAGCUAUCAUUAUGGAGAACUUCUCUUUGUUUUAUUCGAGUGAAGAAGAUGCUCUUUUAUCAUACGCCGAUAUUCGAAAUUUUCAACUUGUUUGGAACAUGGUUGAUAUAGAACAGAAAAGAUCUAUCCCAGUAAGAAGAGUCAAAUUUUUACUUCGUCUCCUAAAAGGAAGAUUGGAAGUUGAUGAUGAGAAAGAUGGAUUGUUAUUUAAACACAUGUGUCAUGAAAUGGAACGACUUCAUAAUGGAGAUGAUGUUUCAUUCCACGAUGUUUUGAAGUAAGACAAUUUUUUAAAUAAACUUCUGAUGCAUAUUUUGUUUUCAGUAUGUUGAGUUAUCGAAGUGUUGAUAUUCGAAAAAGUUUACAACUCGAAGAAUUGCUUCAACGUGAGGAAUUGGAAUAUGUGAUUGAAGAGGAGGUUGCGAAACAUACAAUUCGAACUUGGCUUGAAAAUUGUUUGAAAAAUAUAAAAGCAAAGCAGAACAAUGUAAGUUUUCGAAAUAUUUUCAAACCAAACUAUCAAGUUUUCAGAGUCUUGGGAAGGGAGCAUCAAUGGGUUCGACUUUCAAUUUUCCAAAUCAAGUAGAGUCGUUGAGCAAGGGUGUACUGGUGAGUUGGAAAGUUAAAUGGGUACAAAACAUUCUAUAACAUUUGUUUUAGCUAACCGAGCCAUCACCGGACGAUGAUCCACUUUUGAUUGAAGAAACUAUUGGAAGCGGCAAGAAAAAACAAAAAACACAGCGGAUCAAUAGUCUUGUUGGAGAAAUCAGUCCAAUAGAAACAGCUAUGGGUAAAAAAUCAAUCAAACGUCCAGAUAAAAUUAAAGAGCGUCGUGGAACUUUGCGACAAAUGCAGAUGGGAACUUAUGAUGAGUUAGAAGAAGUUGAAGAAGAUGAUGAUAAUGAAUUUGAUAUGAGAAGGCCAUCUUUCGAUUAUACAGCGUCAUCUCAUAAUGAAGAAGUAAACAACAAAUUGUUCAUUUCGAAUGAGAAACAAUUCGAAGAUGUCAAAACAUGGUGGACAAUGUUUGAUUGA